AUGACUUUUGAUCCAACUAAAUAUUCACAUUGUCGAUAUAACCCAUUGAAAGUUGAAUGGAUACUUGUUUCACCACAACUAUUAAGUCGACCAUGGCAUGGCCAAGUUAAAGAAGAUAAAAAUGACAAUGAUGAAGCAAUUAAUCACAAUCAACAAUCGACAAAUCCUCUUUGUCCUGGUGCUAUUCAAGGAAAAACAAAUCAACGUAAUCCAUUCUAUGAACAUACAUAUGUUUUUGAUAAUGAUUAUCCUGCAUUGUUAUCUGAUAUCCAUGAUGAUGAAAAUAAUAAUAAUGAUGAUGAUCUUUUUCGAUGUCAUGUAGUUCGAGGUGUUUGUAAAGAUUCCAUGACAGAUACUUCCAGGACAGUUGCUCCCGGGACACUUGCUUCCCAAUGGCACUUGCUCCCCAGAGAAACUUGCUCUCCAGAGACACUUGCUCCCCGGGCACUUGCUCUUCAGCGACACUUGCUUCCUAGCCGUAUUUAA